GCCACCACCGAGGAGCGGCUGCAGCGGCGGAAAAGUUUUGGUGUGGGGGGCCAGAGGCGCGGAGGGGGAUUAUGAUCGGUGCCGGCGAGGGAUUCCCAGACACCGCCAGUUGGAAUACCAACCCCAGAAACCAAAGGAAACUUAAGACAUGCUGAGUUGUUCUCCUUCUGGGCUGCUCCAAGGGUGCGAGAAGGCCUACUGAAUGAAGCUCAGAAUAGCCUCCCAAAGUAGUACACUUAGGCGGGCCAGAUCUGGCAGAUAGCUGAUAUGAAGACUUUUCUGACUUCAGAAGGCUGAGUGUAACACCAACAGACUUCACUGAAAGGAAAUAUCCCUCCAAGCAACUCAUACACAGAAGACUUUUGGUAGCUUUAAAUUAGUCUGUUGCUCACCCACAAGGACACAGCUAUUUGUUUCAGCACACAUGGAGGAAGGCAACGAACUUUGUAACCCUGGCUAAUAAGACGUUGGCUUUCUUAUCAAAAGUAGGAAGUAGACCAAUUAUAAAAGGAUUAUUUUAUACUUAGCCUCCAAGACUUUAACUCUGGCCUGAACACUGGACAUGAAUAGAAGCCAGUUUUAAUGACCUGAGAUUUUGCUACGUGUGCUUCAUUAUUGCUAUCAGUUCUUUAACACUUUGGUACUUUAUUUCUUUAAAUUAGAAAUGGGUUUGUGGACUAGAAUGUGGCCCACAGAUUGGGCUGUUCUCCUGAAAUCAUGGCUUAUCUUUUCCCUGGGGCUGUACAUGCAGGUCUCCAAAACUUUGGCCUGCCCAAAAGUGUGCCGCUGUGAUCGAAACUUUGUGUACUGUAAUGAGCGAAGCUUGACCUCAGUGCCUCUUGGGAUACCAGAGGGUGUAACCGUCCUCUACCUCCAUAAUAACCAAAUUAAUAAUGCUGGAUUUCCUGCAGAGUUGCACAAUGUCCAGUCUGUGCACACAGUCUACCUGUAUGGCAACCAAUUGGAUGAAUUCCCCAUGAACCUGCCCAAGAAUGUCAGGGUUCUCCACCUGCAGGAAAACAACAUUCAGACCAUUUCUCGGGCUGCCCUUGCUCAGCUUUUGAAGCUGGAGGAGCUACACCUGGAUGACAACUCCAUAUCCACUGUUGGUGUUGAGGAUGGGGCAUUCCAGGAAGCCAUCAGCCUCAAGCUUCUGUUCUUGUCCAAGAAUCACUUAAGCAGUGUACCAGUAGGCCUUCCAGUGGACUUACAAGAACUUCGAGUAGAUGAAAACCGAAUUGCUGUCAUUUCAGACCUGGCCUUCCAGAAUCUCACAAGUCUGGAGCGUCUGAUAGUGGAUGGCAAUCUUCUUACUAAUAAAGGCAUAGCUGAAGGUACCUUCAGCCACCUCUCCAAGCUCAAGGAAUUCUCCAUAGUGCGGAAUUCACUGACCUAUCCUCCUCCUGAUCUUCCAGGUACCCAUCUGCUAAGGCUCUACUUGCAGGACAACCAGAUAACCCAUAUACCACUUACAGCCUUUUCAAACCUCCACAAACUGGAACGUCUUGAUAUUUCCAACAAUCAACUUCGGAUGUUGGUAAAGGGGGUAUUUGAUAAUCUUCACAACCUGAGGCAACUCACUGUAAGGAAUAAUCCCUGGUUGUGUGACUGCAGUAUUAAGUGGGUCACUGAAUGGCUCAAAUUUAUUCCUUCUUCCAUCAAUGUACGGGGUUUUAUGUGCCAGGGACCAGAGCAGGUCCGAGGUAUGGCAGUCAGGGAGCUCAAUAUGAAUAUGCUGUCAUGCCCUACCACCACCCCUGGUCUGCCACUUAUCAUCACCUCAGUCCCAGCUACAGCCAUCUCAACUCCAUUAGCUCCCACCUCAUCGUUUCCUCCCCCAGGUAGCAAAUACAAUCCUCUCACUCCCACCAUAGCCACGCUCCCCACUGUGCCUGACAGGGAGAACAGAGAAAGGGUGACACCUCCUAUAUCUGAAAGGAUUCAACUCUCCAUCCAUUUUGUGAAUGAUACUUGCAUCCAAGUUAACUGGAUGUCCCUUUUUACUGUGAUGGCAUAUAAGCUCACAUGGGUUAAAAUGGGCCAUAGUCUGGUAGGAGGAAUUGUUCAGGAACGUAUAGUUAGUGGUGAGAAACAACACUUAAGUUUGGUAAAUCUGGAGCCCAAAUCCACCUAUCGGAUUUGUUUGGUUCCACUGGAUACUUAUAAUAAUUACCAAACCGGAGAAGACACUGUCUGUUCAGAAGCCACAACCAAGGCUACCUUUUUGAGCAAUGGCAGCAACAUCCCCUCCAGCCAUGAGCAGACGACUUCUCAGAACCUGGGCUCCCCAUUUCUGCUGGCAGGGUUGAUUGGGGGUGCAGUGAUAUUUGUCCUCGUGGUCCUGCUCAGCAUUUUUUGCUGGCACAUGCACAAAAAAGGGCGUUACACCUCCCAGAAGUGGAAAUACAACCGGGGCCGUCGGAAAGAUGACUACUGCGAGGCAGGGACCAAGAAGGACAACUCCAUCCUGGAGAUGACGGAAACCAGCUUCCAGAUUGUCUCCUUAAAUAAUGAUCAGCUCCUUAAAGGAGAUUUCAGACUGCAGCCCAUUUAUACCCCAAACGGGGGCAUUAACUACACAGACUGCCACAUCCCAAACAAUAUGCGAUACUGCAACAGCAAUGUCUCAGACCUGGAGCACUGUCAUACGUGAUAGUGAAGGGAGAUGGGGGUGUCUAGGACAAAGAGAAAAAACUCUGGGAAAAAUAACCCCCCAAACAACAGUGAGAAAAUUACAUUUGAUAAAUGUUACAAAGAUGCAUUUAUGCAUUUGAAUACUCUGUAAUUUAUACGGUGUACUAUAUAAUGGGAUUUAAAAAAAAGUGCUAUCUUUUCUAUUUCAAGUUAAUUGCAAAUGGUUUUGUAACUCUUUGCUUUUUAAAUCUUUAAAAAAAAUAUUGCUAAGUACUGUACAGGGUUGUACAAUAAGAACCCAAUGUCAUGGCAAAGGAAAGAAUGACUCAUUCUUCAAACAUUAACCACUUUGCUGUCGAAGCUGUCUGAAGGAUGUUAAGUUUCUAGGUGUCCUGUAGUACAGGAAAAUAAGUGCAUAUUAAAACAGGGUCACUAGGAACAGAUAAAAGCAAUUCAGAUAAAAUGGGUGCAACCCUUCUGACUUGAACCCAGCAGUUACUGAUGAACAUCAAAUAAUUGGAAAUACUUCUGUUACCCUUUGUCAGUUGUGCAUUUCCUACCUCCAACAGAAAACUGGAGUUCUGAGUGCUACCAAAAAGGUCAUGUUCUUCUUUGAUUACUUUUUCCCCAACAUACUUGGAAUAGGAAAGGCAGACAGAGCUCAGUGUCAAACUCAAAGUGACCUUGAUUCCUAUUUACAAAAUCUACUCUGAAAAUCUCCCCCAACACUAUAUACCUUUAAGAUAGAAAAUGUCCCUGCUUUUCAUUAUGAUUAAGAAGCUUUAGGCAUUCUCUGACCCUUCUCAGUGGGAGAUGAAGGUUAUCAGUAUGUAUCAGAUAGCUGUCAUUAAGUCGCACCUCUCUUUAAUAGAGCAGCAUUUGUUGACACAGCAUGUUCAGGUAAAGCCUGAAUGCGUGAAAUUCUGUGUGCUCCCAGCUCUGCAGUAUUCAUGUAGUGUUUGGAAUCUAAAAGUGUAAAUUGCUGAAAACAUGGUGCAAAAAAUGACGCCAAUGGAAAGGUUUCUAUUGACUUUUAGGGUUCAGGCCCUAUUUGGUUUAGGGAUUGGAGUUCAGUACAGAGAAGUAGGGGAAAAAAUCCAAAAACAAAGCGUGAACAAACAGAGAAAAAAAAGAAAGAUCUUUUAAAAAUUAUUUAUUAUUGGAGAGGCCUCCAAGCCUGUUAUGAACUGAAAUUUGUUCAGCAGGGAAAAUAAUGUGUAAAUUCUGUUUGUUUGUUGUUUUUUUUUCCUCCCUUAUCCAGAGGGAUAGAGAGACAAACAUUAACUAAGUAUUCGAUUAGCUGAGGAAUUUUGAGAACACAAGUACACACUGUCCCUCUGAAUUUCCUUUUUUAAUCUUCACCUUUUGGAAGUCUUCCACAAUGUUCUGUGCUUUAUAAGCAGUAGGUGGGCUUAGAAUUUGCCUUUUUUGUUCCCUCAAAUUCUUUGGCUGGAAUACCUUCUGAGUCCUUGAGCUUUUCACGCACUAUGUGAAACAUCAUGCUUGUAUUAAAACCAUGCUGCUGCUCUCAAAAUUAUAUAAUGUUCCAGCCGCUCCAUUGACUCUGUGACUGCCAAGAACUCUCUUUUUAUUGCCAGCUCAGUGGUGAAAUCUAAUUCUUUAUUUCUUUCAGUUUGUUUUUUUUUAAUGCAGCUCACCUUUUUGUUUGUGGACAAGCAAAAGUUCACAACAAAGAGAAAAGAGAGAAAAUUUUCCUGAGGGAACCAAAGAGAAGACUUUUUAGAGUGACAAACUAGGGACAAAGAGAAGUUGUUAGAAGUGGAUUGGAAGUAAAGGCUGAAGCACUUUCACUGAGAAAUGCAUAGAUAUUUCACUUUAUGAGGCUGCUUAUAUUGGGAGAGAGGGUUUUAAUGCUUUCCUUUGCUCCUUUCUCUCAACCCAUUCUUGAAACCUAGCAGUCUAUGAGUGUGCAGUUUCUAUGACAAUAUUCAUUUUUUGCAAUAGCAAAAUGAAUCCAGUUAUUAUUGAUGGCAAAGUACAAUCAUUGUGUAAGAAGCAGCAUCCUUCCCCCAACACCUUUUAUGAUCACAUUUUGAAAUUCCACUCUAUAUUCUGUAUAUUUGCUAUUUUAUCCAGCUAUUACAGGUAUUUUAGGAAACCUGUAUGGCUACUGUAAUAAUAAAGUCACUGAAAUUUUGCUAAAUAAAAGGCUGCCAUAUGAUUUCAAAUGGGAUAAUUCUAGGUAGAAAUGUCUAUGCAAAGCAUUAUUUUUUUCUGUGACCUAUUUACUGAAGAUUGUGAUGGAAAGGUUGAUACUUUUGUUUUGUUUGUUUAAUGUUUUAGAUGCCAAAGCCCGCAAGACAAACAGCAAAUAGUUGUGCUUAUGCACACUUCCAUUGCAUGCUGGAGUUUGUAUGAAAUUAAAUAGAGCCGGAGAUUCUCAUUGGGUGUGGAUGUAGUAUUUAAUUUCACUGAAAUAACUAUCUGUAUGUUUGAUUUCAAAGGACAUCCUUUGAAAGUAUGUGCUUACUAGAAUUUCAUACUUCAGUGACUAGUGCUGGAGGAAUCUUUGUCCUCCUUGAUGAACGUCUUUUGUUCUAGUCCUCAGGAUACCAUAGUUCCAAAAUGAGCUAGGCGCCUUAGUUGUAGCAAAUGACUUAUUCAGGGAGUACAGCCAUACUGCAGGUGAAUGAUCCACAAGCCCAAACUGAUGACGAAUUAGCUGUCCUAACAGGGUGAAAACAGAAGGCUUCCACGAACUGCUCUUUUUGAUCUCAGAUGACGAAACAUAUAUAUCUCUCUGUGGACUACUACUCACUUAGAUCAAAAAUCAAAAUAAUAUUAAAGAUAGUAUUAUGCUUCUUUUCAGUAUGAAGAAGAGUAUAUAUAUAUAUAUUGGCAUGGGAUACUCUUUUCUAUAAAUACUCAUUUGAAAAAUGUAGCAAACCACUUAUACCAAAAUUCGUGUUUAGAGCUGGAACUAUUAUCUAAAAAUUUUACAGCCAUAGUCAACUGAAAGGUCAUAUGUUUCAUUUGAGGAAUGUUUCUCCCAGUUCUAAUUGCUAUCCACCUGUGAAAUGGCUAGUCUAUUUCAGCCUGCAAUAGAGUCCAGGACUUUUCAAAGUGUCAGCCACACAAGCAGCUGAGACUUCAUUUCAGGUCACAACUAGAUAAACACAGAAUGGGCAAUUUUCACUAGGUAAAGGAUUUGGAACAAGUCAGAAUUAAAAAUGGGGAAUGAUCUUUUGGUGAUGUAAAGUUUAAGAAUAGCAGGGUUUUGCUUAGGCUUCAUAAAACUAGGAUCAUUUUCCCUUGGUGCCAAUGUCUGAUCGCAGAUACUAACUAAAGUCUACAGAGCAGAAGUCACAAAUAUGUGGUUAUACAACUUACCCAAAAUGUUCAUUUCCAGACCCUGAAUUGAACAGGCUCACAGGGUCUGGAGGAAAAUGAGUGGUUUACAGACAAUCUCACCUGUCUUCUGUUGUAUACUGUUAGUAGCUGGCAUAAAUGUACAGAAAGAAUUGGUGAGUGGAAUAAAAUAAAUGUUUAGGUGAAAUUAUUUUAAAGCAGUAUCACAACUAAUAUGUUGUGAUACGGCUUUGCUGAGUCCUUGGGUUCCUUCUGGAGACUUACUUGCAAGCAGGUCCCCAUUUUCACAGGCUCUGUCACUGUAACAAAUGUUCCUUGCAUGUAGCUUUGCUGGCAGAAAUGGACACCUGAUAAAUGCAUGGACUUUGUGGUAACGCAUUCUUAUUGGAGACAUUAUUAUUGAGUUUAUUCAUAAGAAUAUUUAGGGAUUAGGUUAUUUUGGGCAGGAAAGUUAUUAGCAGUUUUCCCUGUAAGCCAAUAAAGGACUAUGAUGAAUGUCAAGUAAAAUAGAAAAAUGAAGUAGCUGUUUUAUAUGCUGUUUGCUACUAGAAUAGCUCGACUGUAUUUUUCUGUCAAUCAUUUUCUCUUUCCAUGAGAGAAAAUUUCUCCCUCUGAGAAAUACAUUGAUUUUAAUUUUGCAAACAAAAUAACUUUAUGCAUAUUGUGGUGGUGUUAUGGUUUUAAGGGUCUACAUAAGGCACUUUAUUAAUUAUAUUGAAAUGAAAGUUCAGCCUCAGCUUUUGACAGUGAAGUGGUUAAUUCUCAUUGAGUUCUCCAUUUAUAGUACUUCUUCACCUUAAAUUUAACAUGGAGAUAUUAAAGUUUUUUCUUUAGAACAUGAGAAUGAUGGUUUUACUUAUGACUUAUCUUUCCAGCUCAGUGGAAAAACAAAAUAGAAAUGAGUGCCAAAACCAAGAUUUACUGGCUCUGAGCCUCAUCAAAUCUUGCCUGAUGCUCUCUUCUAAACACAGAGGUAAUCCUAGGAAGCUGAUGACCACUCCUUCCCUGAACUCGACUGAACAGGGCAUGUUGUAUCCCAAAUGAUACUUCAGGCAAUAUUGAAGCAUUUAUCAUUAAACUUCUGUACAGCAAACAAUGUCUUGAUCUUUAAAAGAAUGCUGGCUAGUGGUCCAUCCAGAAAACUAGUACAAAAGAGAUUUGGCAGGCUUUUAUUAUAUUAUACUGGGGCUCUGUGGAAAUGUGCCUCAUGAGAGCUAAAUUAUGAUAGAGAUAAGCUUCUAAAAAAUGCUAUCUUCACUUGGUCCCAAAUACCUGAAGAUGAUAUUUCAUAAAAUUGAAUUUAACUGAGAUAUGCGCACUUGAUUCUGUUCUGUGUUUGAUAUAUUUUAUAUCUUUAACAUGGAAAAAUAGAUGGUUUGAAGUCUGCGUUAUCUGUUUUCUGCAAUCUGCCAUGUUGCACGCAUUGUUAACUUCAAAACCUCACUAUACACUAUAUAUUAUCUUGUUGGCAUAUUCAGUAAAGAGUUAUUUAAAAAAUACAACAAUCCUGCUGUAUUUAUAUGAAUAAGCUAAUUAAAAUAAGGAUUUGAUUAUCUAAAAAGGAAAUCAGAAAAACAAAAAUAUCUAUCUAUCUUCUGGGCUUUUAUUCCUGGAAAUAUUUCCAAAUAUUUUACUCUAUGUCCACAUUCUCUUCAGAUUCUAAAAGACAAAUAUUUUCAUCUCUGUCUCUCAAAGUGUUAAACCAUUUGUUACUUUAAUUUGUCAGAUUUAAUCUUUUCUUUAUAAGACUCAUUCUGAUACACGUAUAGGAAAGCACUGCAAAACAGGAACAGAUUGUAUCCCAGUUUGCAUUAAAUAGGUACACUUAAGCAGCUAUACACGUCUAUAAGAAAUAUACAUAUGUGGAAGCUGUGAUCAAUUAUAUGCAUAGUCAUUUGGUACAUGCAUUUUUCAUUCAUCCUUGACAACCUUAAGCAUUUUACCUAAUAUUAUCUAUUUCCUUGAAAUGAGAUGUGAUAUUUUUUUUCAAUUAUCCCUUCAAAUUUGCCCUUGAAUUCUCAGAAUGCACAACAUUCAGAUAUAGGCCUUAAUAAAUUUUAGUAUAUCUUAUACCUAGCAUAUAUGGUAAUAUAUUCAGUAUAUCUAAAGAGAUCCUUUAGCUACUUAGAAAUGAAAAUUACCCCUUUUCUAGCUACAUAUGUAAGAACUAAUUUUAGGCAUUGCUAGAACCAGGAAUCUUGAAUGUUACUAUGUCACUUAAAAGCUUAGAAAUGUAAUAUACCUGAGUGUCACAAUUUCCCUAUAAAUUCUUAUUCUCUGACUUAACCUUGAAUAUUAAAUAAAACUACCAAAAGCUGCUGUA